UCUCGACAGAGUCGUCGCAAACUAAGUGAGCAACUUACUUGAUUGCAAUGCAAUGUUCCAUUGGCUACCUAAAAUGUUGCUAACUGUUAAGCAAUAAUGCCUUCAAGAAGCAGGGUCCAGACUGGCACCCUCCAUUGAGGCAACAGAGUCGACAGUCCCCACAAUGUAUUUCCCAACCGCCAGUGCAAGUCGAUCCUGUUUCAGAUGCCGCAAUUUGCGCAGCACGCAAGCACACUUCGCUAUUGCAAUGCAUUCUGGUUACAAAUUCAUAACCAGAAUGCUUUGCCGUUUAGCAGUGCGUAUACACGCUGCACAGACUGCCACAUCCUGCACCAUCACAAAUGAGCCCAAUGUGAUCAGACGACGGUUAGUGUCAGUGUAAAUCAAAGAACAUAGAAUGGAUAAGACCUAUCACUUGCUGGAAAAUGCAUUGGCCACGGUGUAGCCUGGAACUACGGAACCGCCACAGAGUGGAAAGAGGAUGUUCGGUUGUCAGUGUUCAGUUUGUGGCCAAAUUAACUGCAGCUGUCUAAGCAUUAAUUGCAGGGGAUAAUUAAGGACAGCUGACAAAAAAUCAUGCCAUUCUAUGACCUGUACCACACUUCAACCCUCGCGGUAGUGGCAUUGUGCUUUACCAUGCCUCCAGUACUGACCGUAGAAGAAGAAAGUGACUCUCCUCAUGGCCAUGUCGAACUAUGGUCUCGUGACGCAAGUCUAUCCAACAAGGCUCAGAACGACUGCAAGACAUCCAGAACUCUGCCGCAAGGGUCCUCACAAGCACUGGGCCCUGGCAGCGUAUCACCCCCAUCCUCAAACAGCUCCACUGGCUUCUCACCAAGUCCCACACAACUUACAAGUGUCUGCCCUGGAGACACAAGAUGACAAAAUUGUCGGAGGCUUCGAGUGUGUGAAGAACUCGGUGCCCUGGCAAGUGUCUCUCUACGACGGGUACAACUACUGCGGAGGCACCCUCAUCGCCAACGAAUGGGUCCUCUCUGCAGCCCACUGCUACCAGAAGAGCCCCACGGAGGUGCGCCUGGGCGAGCACCACAUCCGCGACCCCGAGGGCACCGAGCAGCACAUCAUGUCGGCCAAGUCCAUCCGCCACCCCAACUACAACCCGCGCUCCAUGGACAGCGACAUCAUGCUGAUCAAGCUCAGCCAGCCUGCCGUCCUCAACGACUGGGUGAAGACCAUGGCCCUGCCCACCAGCUGCGUCGCCCCCGGGACCAUGUGCCGCGCCUCCGGCUGGGGCAGCUAUCUCCCCAGCAACGAGGGCUCGAGGUACCCUGAAAAACUGCAGUGUGUGGACGUGCCCACCAUUGAUGACGACUUCUGCUACGAUAACGCAUACCCCUUCCAGCUCACCGAAAACAUGAUGUGCGCUGGGUACAUGGAGGGAGGCAAGGACUCAUGUCAGGGUGACUCUGGUGGCCCUCUGGUGUGUGGCGGAGAGGUGCAGGGCGUGGUGUCCUGGGGGCACGGCUGUGCCCAGAGGAAGAAGCCUGGCGUGUACGUCAAAGUCUGCAACUACGUCCAGUGGAUCCAGGACACCAUGGCCUCAGGCUAAACUGCAAACUGGAGGAGACAUGAUCAGACCGACCAUCGCCUAAUAAUGAACACAGUUCACAGUU